AACUCUUUACCUCACCCACCCCCACCUCCCUCACCCCCACCUGCACCAGUAAAUGAUGGGCCAAAGACAAAGAAAACCAGGCCAGCGAUGGAGGACUGGGAUGCCUGGGAUGAGUCAGCUGACGAGGCACUCAUAUGCGCUGUGCGCACAAUAGCCACCACCGACGGCGUGUCUGUGCUUUACCAACCAGAAGGAACUGACAACACCCUCUAUGCUACUGCCUUGCUUGAAAUUGAAUUCAUGAUUGAUACUGGUGCUGAACUUAAAGUCUUUUCAUCCGACCUAUUGAAGAAACACGAAAUACCUCUGUCAGGCAUCAUCAAUACAGCUGGUGGACCAACCGGAAAAAAAUUCAGUCUGAAGCAGACAGCCCCAGUCACCAUAGCCAUUGGAGAAGGAGAUGGAGAAGUCUUGUGGAACCUGAGAAGGCUAAAAAGAGAGGAUCUCCUGGAACAUCCUGCAUGGGCUAAGGGAAGGAAUGACUGUGGACUGUUGGAAAUGGAACCUGUCAGACUGACUGGAAAACCACCUCCAUGUGUGAAACAAUGUCCCAUCAAGAACGGACAGAUUGUGGCAGAAUUGUUGGAUGCAAUGCAGCUGCCAGAGGAACUGGCAGUGAUCAAAGUAAAGGCACAUACAAGGCAAGACACCAUUGAAGUAAGAGGCAAUGCAAUGGCGGAUGCGGUGUCAAGAACAGCCGCAAGAAAAAGAGAGGGAGGAGAUAACGAAACGACUAACGAGAAUGGACACGGAAAUGGAAACACGGACGGAUCUAACGGUAACAGGAACAUUUUUGAAAAUGACAACGAGAAAUGCAUGAUGAGAGUGACAAAGAAGGUCAAGGAAACAUCUGAAGAGGGAAAACGGGAAAGUUUGGCCAACAUCAUUGACAUGCAGAACAGCUCGAGCCGAGAAGAGAAAUGGAUUUGGAUUGAAAAUGUGGCGAAGCUCCAUGAUGACAACUUGUGGAGGUUUGGAACACGAACAGUGGCUCCAGAAAGUCUUCUACCAUAUCUGACGGCGCAAAUUCAUUCACUUGGACAUGUGGGAGUGGAGAAGAUAAGGAACAGAUUCAUACAGGUCUGGUGGUCACCGAAGUUCACAGCAACGGCCACAGACAUCGUCAAGUGGUGUGUCAUCUGUCGGCAAAACAAUCACGACAAGAAGGUUAAGUUGCCAAUGCUGAAGACACCAGCUCCACCAGGACUAUUCAGAGUUCUCCAGAUAGAUUACAUCACUCUUCCCAAGUGCAAAGGCUACCGAGAUGUUCUGGUUGUCCUGUGCAAGUUCUCCUGGUGGAUUGAGGCAUUCCCUGCACGAUCUGGAAUUGCACUACACACUGCCAAAGUCCUUGUGAAAGACAUCAUUCCCCGAUGUGGAUUGCCAUAACAUAGUCGGCAGUGAAGGUCCAGGGUGAGAGAAAAGUGGAUACAUGCAAGCCAUUUGCAAACUAAUAGAACCGCCUGAAACAUGACGCGCUUGGGUAGGGUACGAAUUCUAUCUGAGUUUCCGCCGAUCUUCUUUUAGGGGUGAGGUGUGAACUAGAGGGGGGAAGAUUCACGGGA